AUGGCCGCGUUUAGCCGUUCUUCUUUAGAAGAAUUAUUGAAAAAGCGCUUUUUCUACGCGCCUUCUUUCCAAGCAUACGGUGAAGAGGAGAUGCUUGAAAUGGAUGGUGCAAUUAUUACGCCAGCAGAUGUUUUAAAAACAUCUGGUCAUGUGGAUAAAUUUAGUGAUUGGAUGGUUAAAGAUACAAAGACUGGUGAUAUUUUUCGCGCUGACCAUUUAGUUGAAGCUGUUCUAGAAGGAAGACUAGAUGGUGACAAACAGGCUGAAAAUGAUGUAACAUCUCAAAAGGAUAAAAAGAAGAAAAAGGGUGCAGUUCAAGCUAUUGAUAAUUAUACUGGUUCGGAACUUGGGGAAAUCAUACGUAAACAUAAUAUCAAAAGUCCUGAGACGGGUAAUGAUCUAACCGUUCCUGUCGAAUUUAAUUUAAUGUUUGAGAGUAGCAUUGGGCCCACUGGACAUCUGAAAGGCUACCUUCGACCGGAAACCGCACAAGGCCAAUUUCUUAACUUUAAGAAAUUUCUUGAAUUUAACAAUGAUAAAAUGCCAUUCGCUUCUGCUUCUAUCGGUCGUUCUUUUAGAAACGAAAUUAGUCCAAGAUCGGGUCUUCUCCGAGUCAGAGAAUUUACAAUGUCUGAAAUCGAGCAUUACGUAGAUCCUAACAACAAGAAACACACCCGUUUCGAUGAAGUAAAAGACAUUAAACUUUCCUUGCUGCCACGACAUAUACAGAGUGAAGGUAAAACAAUACCCAUCGAAUUAACUAUUGGUGAAGCUGUCGAAAAAAAAAUUGUAGAUAAUGAAACUCUGGGCUAUUUCCUUGCUCGCACACAUCUAUUUUUAACCAUGCUUGGUAUUAAACCCGAUAGACUUCGUUUUCGUCAACAUAUGCCUAAUGAGAUGGCACAUUACGCUUGUGACUGUUGGGAUGCAGAAAUUCAAAGUAGCUAUGGAUGGAUAGAGUGUGUCGGUUGUGCUGAUCGGUCUGCAUAUGAUUUGACCGUUCAUACGAAUCGUACAAAAGAAAAGCUUAUAGUACGUGAGACCUUAGCUGAGCCGUUGGUCUAUGAAAAAACUGUCUUGGAUAUCAACAAGAAAAUAUUUGGUCCUAAGCUAAGACAAAAUGCAAAAACGGUGGAAGAUUAUUUAACUAACUUGAAUGAAGAACAAUUAGAAGCUUUGAAAAAGGAAUUAGAUGGAAAUGGCAAAACCAUGGUCUCAUGCGCUGAUGGCAAUCAAUAUGAAAUAUCAAGUGAUUUUAUUACUAUUCAGAAACAGACCAUCACAGAACAUGUCAGGGAAUAUAUUCCCAAUGUUAUAGAACCAUCUUUUGGUAUUGGUCGAAUCUUGUAUUCAUUGAUUGAACAUGUAUAUUGGACACGAGAAGGUGAUGAACAAAGGGCGGUUUUAUCGUUUCCUCCACUCGUUGCACCUUUCAAAUGUUUACUAGUGCCUCUAAGUAAUAAUCCUGCGUUUUCUAAGCUCGUACGCGAUCUUUCUUCUAAACUUCGUAAGCUUCAUAUUGCCAUUAAGGUAGAUGACUCUUCCAAUUCGAUUGGACGUCGUUAUUCUCGUAACGAUGAGCUUGGUACACCAUUCGCGAUCACCAUUGAUUUUCAAUCUGUGAAUGAUGGCACUGUAACAUUGCGAGAGAGAGAUUCUACUAAACAAAUUAGGGAAAAGACUGACACCAUACUUCAAGUUCUUAAAGAUUUGGUUGAAGAAGAUAUCACCUGGGAAGAAGUUUUAUCAAAAUAUCCUACAUUCGUACAACAAGAACUUGACUGA